CAAUUGGGUAGGAUCACGUUGUUGUCUUUCGAACUGUUUCUCCACGUUUUUCGAAAAUAUAUGGCCAUGUCUGGAAGAUUAGUUGCACGAGCCCUACCCAGGCUAGCAGCAGUGGGUAGCCGAGGUUGGCAUUCUCAUGCCAGGAGAUUGGUCCAGGCCAGUAAAUGUCAUCACAGGGCAAUCUCAGUGCAGUGUAUGGGCUCAAGUCGUUUUAGUACAGCAGCAGCUAACUUUGAAUGCAUCAACAUCCAAGAUUCUUCAGACUUUCAGAAACAAGUGCUAGAAAACACAACACCAGUGGUGGUGGAUUUUCAUGCGACGUGGUGUGGGCCUUGCAAAUUACUUGGACAAGUUGUUUUGGCAAAAAUAGAUGUGGAUGAAAAUCCUGAAUUAGCCAUGAAAUAUGGAGUGAGAUCUGUACCCACAGUGUUGGGAGUGAAGAAAGGGGAAGUCGUCAACCAGUUUACUGGAUGCCAGGAAGACGACAUCAUUGACAGUUUCAUAGAAAAACUUGUUAAUUGACUGCCUUUUUGGUGUGUACAGUGACACUGAAUGCAAGCAAAGUAACCACCUUGGAGUUGAUCAGUAAAUUCUAUCUGCAUAAAAAUAAAUAGUUCUUAUGUCCUCAGUUAUAAAGAGAUCAGUUGAUACUCGUAUCGAGUGAAAUAUUUUAAUAAAGGAUGUAUUGGAUGAUGGUUUAUGGGCGCUGAUCGGGGUGUUGGGGAGAUGGGGUUGGGGCUGGUGUCGGGUGGGGGGUGGUAUUAAAGGGCCAUUUGUAUGGUACACAUUUUGAAGUGUUUUAAGUUGUGUUGUCAAGUCUCAGAUAUUUUUUUUUUUUUUUAAAUCGAGAUGUGUUGAUUCAGUUAUUAAGCGUGUUAACUGACCUUUGAUGUGUUUGACAUAGUUGCUUAUUUAUAGCAUGGUUACCUCAGGUGUUUCAAUUCUUUUGACCAGUUCUCAAAAGAAUGAAAUUACGUCAGUCUGUUUUACAACAGUUACGACUGUACAAGGAAUGUUGGUGUAACACAACACAGUUUAGUCUUGCCUGGGUCUCGUGCUUGAAUAUGGUCUGAGCUUUUCUUUUUGUCACAUACAAUUAGGAAAAAAAUUAUGUGAUAACUACAUGUGCAUUAAAUUUGGAUAUAAUGGUGGAUAUAUGUACAUGCAAGUCAGAAGUAACCAUGAUUGUGCACUUAAACUGUUAUGACUGUCUAUAUGGUGUGAUAAAUCACACUAUUCCACUUUGUGGGAAAACUAUUUUAAUUACAAAAAUAAAGUGCUAAUGUGUUAAGAAAAGUUUUGCUCAUGUAUUACAUUGGCAAAGUGUCUUAGAAAAGCAUUGUACAUGUAUGUGUAACUACUAUAAAAAAAAGUUGCUAUUUGUACAGAAUAAUGUGAAGUGUUUUAUAGUAAAAUCUGGAAUGAAGUACUGAUAUAGCGUGUUCUUUUAUCCUUUCUG